GAAAACAGAAAUUGGGUUCUGUAACAACAAAGUUAGAGUUGCCAGCUUGGACUCGAAAAUAUUACCAAAAACACAAACACACUAAAACAGCCAGCGACGAACAAAAAUCCCAACACCCAUUUAUGUGUUUUGUGGAACGAAAUAAUAAAAAUCUCUCAUUUGUUUUUCUUUUUUUAAAUCCGAAAACAUCGAAUGGGUGCGUACAGAGCUGAUGAUGACUACGAUUAUUUGUUUAAAGUGGUUCUGAUUGGGGACUCUGGUGUGGGCAAAUCCAACCUUUUGUCUAGGUUCACACGCAACGAGUUUAGUCUCGAAUCCAAGUCCACUAUUGGGGUCGAGUUCGCUACUCGUAGUAUUCGUUGUGAUGAUAAGAUCGUCAAGGCCCAGAUUUGGGAUACUGCCGGCCAAGAAAGGUAUCGUGCAAUCACAAGUGCAUACUAUCGAGGGGCUGUUGGUGCUUUGCUAGUCUUUGAUGUCACACGCCAUGUUACAUUUGAAAAUGUGGAACGAUGGCUUAAGGAGCUCCGGGAUCACACAGAUUCCAACAUUGUGAUCAUGCUUGUUGGUAACAAGGCAGAUCUGCGACACCUUCGGGCGGUAUCUACCGAAGAUGCUACUGCAUUUGCAGAAAGAGAGAACACCUUUUUCAUGGAGACAUCUGCCCUUGAGUCCAUGAAUGUUGAGAAUUCCUUUACAGAAGUGCUGACCCAGAUCUAUCGCAUUGUAAGCAAGAAGGCUCUUGAGAUCGGAGAGGAUCCGGCUGCUUUGCCCAAAGGACAGACAAUCAAUGUUGGAACUAAAGAUGAUGUAUCAGCCGUGAAGAAAGCUGGAUGUUGUUCUGCUUAAGUAUGGAGAAAAGGUCUGAAGAAAAGUAAUCUUUGACAUCUUAUGCUUGUUCAUAUCUUCAUAGAGGUUUGCCUGACUGCAUGAAAAUGUAUCAACAAAAUAUUAACAGGUAGAACUUGUGAUAUAGAUACUAGCCUGGCCCUAUCUAUCUUAACUAAUGACUUAGGAUCUUAAAGAAAUUUAGAGGUUUUGCUUUAUGUUUUUUGAUUCUAUAUU